CAGUCACCUAAUCUUUUCUGUUUUCUUCUUUCAGGUCCUCUUGAGUGAGGACACAGACAUCCAACAAAAAGUCCUGAACACUGGAUCUGAAGACCUGACACAAGGACGGAUUCAACCCAGUAUCUGAACACCGGACAACAGGGACUAUCUGAGGGGACUGGCUCAGAGACUCAGAGGGCAGAGUUGUUGACUCUGGGAGCCAACAGAGCUCCAAGAUGGGAAGCUCCUUUGGCUCAGGAUGGAAAAGGACUUCCUCAUUACCGCAUGACAAUUCACAGUUGUUUCCCAGGAUCCGUUGAAUGAAUGGCUUGACCCUAGUAAGUACUAAGUAUGAGUACAGACAGCCUUAACUCCAGUACAAGACAGAUAUAACUAAGGAACAAAAUACUCAUCAUACAUCAAUCCCAGAGUCCGUUGAAUGAACAGGCUAGACCUGCGUAGCCUGCCCCGGGCGGAGGGAUCCCAGGUGUCUACCUGAGGUUUUUGUUCCGUUUUAUGGAGGCGUUGCACAGCUGCAGCCACUUGCCGACUGGGGAGCAGUCCAGUGGUCAUGACCAGCCUCAGCCAGAAGAGUCUGCUCUGCCUCUCGCAGACCCUGAGCCUCCCAAAUCUCCCUCCUCCCAGAACAAUCAACUGCAGACACAACAGACUCGCUCCAAACAAGGAGGCCCUCAACAUCAACAACACCACAAACUGCCUAAUAAGAGGGAGCGCAAGCGUCUCCGACAUCAGAGGCAAAGUGUUGAUUCAGACACCCCACUGUUGGAAGAGGGUAAGCAUGCAACGGCAGAGGCAACACAGACUAGAGUGUCACGGACACCGUCUGGGGGGACCCCGGCAACUCCCUCCUUAUCAACCACCUCCACCCAAUCUACAGAGGCUCCUGUCACAGAGGAGAACCAGGAGGGCACCCUGAAGCAGAAACGGGAGCAUAAGCCUGGAAAACCUGGGAAAUAUGUGUGUUCUUACUGCGGCCGUGCCUGUGCCAAGCCCAGCGUCCUGCAGAAACACAUCCGAUCCCACACUGGAGAGAGGCCCUACCCCUGUGCUCCCUGCGGAUUUUCUUUCAAGACCAAGAGCAACCUCUACAAGCACCGGAAGUCCCAUACCCACAGGGUGAAGGCCGGCCUCGCCUCUGGAGAGCCCAGGGCUUUAGAAGAACCUAUGCCCGUGUCAGAAGAUGAAACCAGACAGCCAUCGUCUGCUGCCUCCUCUAUCUUGGAGAGACAUGGCAGUGUAGCCAAUGAGAAGAUGCUUGAAGACACAGAGAGGUCUAAAGAGCAGUCCAGUGGGAUGGACAACUCAUACGCCGUCAAGAAGAGGCUGGCCCUGCGUUUGAGCCGAGGGAAACGUGGCCCUCUAGGCUCGUCUGACUCGAUCAGUUCCUCGUUGGGUAUGGCGAGUAUAGGGAGCAGAGGCAGCACAGAGUCUGGCUAUUUCUCUCGCUCUGAGAGCACUGAGCAAUCGCAGGACAUCCCACCCAAUGCAACAAGUGCCAAAAGCUACGCAGAGAUCAUCAUGGGGAAAUAUGGCCGCCUGGGCCACCUCCAGAGGAUGUCCCGGCAUCAGGACCAGCAGCCUUCUGGAAGCCAGGGACAGCAGGAGAAGAGCAGCCCGUUCACAGUGCCCAAGAAGCAGGUCAUUGACCACAUCACCAACCUCAUCACCAUCAACGAGGCUGUGGUGGACACAAGUAAGAUAGACAGCGUUAAGCCCAGGAGGUUCUCUCUGCCUAGGAGAAGUAGCAAUGAGUCUUGCUCUAAGGUUACUCUAUCUCUGAAAGAGACACCGGUAGUCCACCACAGCACCAAAAACCCUGGAGACCCAGGAUUUAAGAGCAGUGGUUCCAUCACUAUGGGAGUUCCGUGUGAGAAGUUCCAUCAUCACCAGUCACUACACGUGGAUUCAACGGCAGGCCUGUCACCCACUUCCAUGGCUCCUCUUCUGAGAAGCCUCUCUAUGCCCUCUGCUGCUAGUUCAACUGAUGCCUCCUCUGACGUCUUCCCACGAAACUUCCGCCUUAGCCAAUCUUUCGAUGAACGGUCUGAAACACAGUCUCGCCGCACUGGGAUGCUACGACGCCAGCCUGCUAUCGAACUACAACCCAGGGCUGAAUUGACUAAAGAGGAACAUAGUUUACACAGUAGCUCCAACACACUCUACAAUCACAAUAUGUCCACCGUGCCUCCUGAUCACAAGCAAUGUCAACCAGAGCCGUACGAGUGUGAGACCUGUGGCGUUGGAUGUAAGAACUGGGAAGGUUAUAAGGCACACAAGAGAAGUCUUUGUAUAGCACGACUUCCCCAAGAGAGUCUUGGUACAACAAUAUGCCAGCUGGACCGUUCACAGUUGAUACACUAUCCGAUUAGCAAACCAGGGGCUUUGGCAAUGCGCAAGAGAAGGAAAGAGGAGAGUUUUGAAUCUGAUGAUCCAUCCUCUCCUGUGUCUUUAUCCAUACCCACCUUCUCCACGUCGGUGCAAGGCAGAGACAGAAAAAGUGUAGCAUGCAAUAGAAACUCAUGGCCAUGGGUAGAGCAGGAGCGUGGAGACACAUCAAAAUGUUUCUCAGUGAUUCAGCAUACUAGUUCAUUUGAGAAACAGGACCCUUUGUUUACAGACAGUCAAGGUAAAGAGGAGGCGCAUUUUAGUUUUCAAUCUCAUGAGGAUGUGACUCAGAAACAACUGCAGGAACACUCGUCCAAACCAACACCUCGCAAACUGGUGCGGCAACACAAUGUUCAAGUCCCGGAGAUAUUCAUCACUGAGGAUUACAACACCAAUGUUAUUGAGUCUGUUCAGACACAGUCAGAAACGACAUCCAUAAUGCCUAAACAGACUGAGAGGACAGAAGAGUUCCAGUGGCCACAGAGGAGCCUCACCCUGUCUGGGGUCCCCAUCGAGAAGCUGCCCCCGAAGAAGAAACGUAUUCGUCUGGCCGAGGCCGCCCAGUCUUCAGGGGAGUCCAUAUCCAGCUUUGACUCCAUCUCCCUGCCUCGCAGCCCCAGCCAGGACAGCUGUGCAUCCCACGCCUCUAGCCGCUCUGCAUCCUUCGAGGAGUCCACCAGACCUGGAGACAUGGAGACCCUGGCUGGGACACCAUUGAGGAGGUCUAGGGCCCCUAACAUGUUGACCGUCCCAGGGCUGCAUCUUCACAAAAGGGAGAUGCGGCGGUCGGUCUCAGAGCAAGCACCUCACGACCCACAGCAGCAGUCUGUCCUGAUGGCGAUGUUGGAGAUGCGAAGCAAGUCCUUUGACUACAGCAGUUUGUCCCCUGAGCGCUCCGCGGCCGGCUGGAGUGACAGACGCAAAUGUCUCCUCAUGAGACACACUGCGGUCAAGGACCCAGAGGAGGAGCAGCCUGCCAAACCUGCAGAACUAAAGCGGAACCCCAGUUCCUCCAUUUCUGCCAAACACACAGCACUAAAGGUGAACAAUCCUUCUCACUGUAGCCCCAGUCCUGACCCUGUCAGUCCCAGCACUUCUUCCAAACUAAGCCCAGGUCCUCGACACCUUAGUGCGACUGCUGGUUCCCCUCUGUCAGGAGAACCCACAUCAUGUAACCCUGUACAAACUCUUUGCCAAGAGCCCCCCUCACAAUGGAAACUGGGUCAAAGUAUUCAUUUGACUGGACAUUGCUCUGAAGUCCUACCGUCAAAGAACUCUGUAGAAUCUCCUGACCGCCUCCAGAGGGUAGACCCAUCACCUCUCUGUUCAGGGAAACCUCUAAUUAUCUCCCUCCGUCCUGUCCACACCUACAUCCAUCCUGCCCAACCCCAACCCCGUCCCGUCUACCCUCCCCACUCCCUCUCCACCCAGUGCCCAUUAGGGAUAGCUAGGGCCCACUACCUUCCAAUGUCCACAGGCCUGAAGCUGGAGAUACCAGUCCCAAUUCACAGUCAUGAUGGACCUUCAGAGUUUGUAACACAUCGUCCGCAGAUCCUCCACCCUCACCCUAACAUCUCACGUAGCCCAGAGUUACUCCGGCCCUCUAUAUCACCAGCAGUAGCAGUAGUCCGGCUACAGGCAGACACCAACACCCUAGCCAGUGCCAUAUACACCACUCUGUCCCAAACCACAACAUCUAGGUCCCAGGAACCUGUGUGUUCUGGGUUAAACAGUGGCCAUAGAAAUUCCCCAAUGCCUGAACAUAACAGUCACCUGGUCAUGUCUCUGCCUGUAAGUAGCAAGAUGUUGUCUGGGACUCUGCUACCAGUCAGCCAGUUGGCUCUGCCUCCAGGCAACCACUUGGCUUUGCCUCUGCCUUCAGGCAGCCAGUUGUGGUCUGAUGAGGGCUGUAGAUCUCCGGGCUCAGGGAGCAACAAGCGAUUGUUGUCCCCUUCAAACAGUGUCGAUUUCAGCCCUGAGUCCAAACAGCAGCAGAAGCGAGUGAAGGAGGAGGAAGAAGAGGAGAGUUGUGUAGGAAACAUAAUCGUGGAAACAUCCACAAAAGAAGAAAAGGUUGAGAUUCCAACAUGUUUACCGAGGGUGUGUACUCCAAUAAGUCCAGAAAGACCUUCAUAUCCGACCCUCCAGUCCACCACCUCUCACAGCUGGUGUUAUCUGAACUACAUCAAGCCAAACCCCUCCACCUCCACCUCGACUGACCACCAGCCCUCAGUGUACUCCUCUUGGUCUACCAGCGAGUAUGACCCCAACCCUCCAGGCCUCUCCAGCAAGACAGCCCUGUCCCUGUUGGACUGCAAGCAGAGGGUCUGCCCCACCAUCUACACCAUGUCUCCCAUGUCAUCCACCCCGGCAGAGACCCCACCAGAGCCCACCGGCAUGAAGACGCCAUGCCAUUCUGAGGUACAUGCCACUCUGCCCGGCGACAGCCACCGUGUCGAGACAACAGAGCAAGAGCAGUCCGCAGAGGACAAGGAGCUAAAGAAAGAACGAGAGGAGGAGGAAGAGAAGGAAGAGGAGGAAAAAGAAUCAGAGACCCAGUCAACCAGCAAAUGUAGAGAACCUCCAACUCGAAUCUGGAUCUGUGAGGGAGGCUACAGGUCGAGUGAGGAGUACGUGUACGUGCGGGGUCGAGGCAGGGGCAGAUAUGUGUGUGAGGAGUGUGGCAUCCGCUGUAAGAAGCCUAGUAUGCUGCGUAAACACAUCCGCCUGCACACCGACUCACGACCCUACGUCUGCAAGCACUGCAACUUCGCCUUCAAAACCAAAGGGAACCUCACCAAACACAUGAAGUCCAAGGCCCAUGGUAAGAAGUGCCAUGAUGGGCCAAUGACUGGUUCUGAGGCAGAAGAAGACUGCUCAGUCUGGCCAGAGACAGGACAGGACAUCAGCGAAACUGAAGCAGACGACGAUGACAACGAGUAUGAUGAUGAAGAUGAUGAUGAUGGUGAAGAGGAGUCCUGGUCCCAUGAAGACCCUUCCACCACCUCAACAAGCCACUUGAAGCCACCCAAACCCCCAGACCAGAACAGAACCACACCAGACCAGGACAGGCCCAGACCAUCUGGGUCAAGCCAGCCCAGCCAGCCUCAGAGGCUGAAUCCCCAGGAGCCAAGCCUCUGUUACCCUGCUGGUUCCCCCAGCAAGAAGAGAGCUCUAUUCUCUCGGAGGAGGCACCUGGACCCCUGUGGUCACCACUCCCCAUUGCACUGUCCAUCACCAACUCCAGCCCUGUCUCCAUCCCUAUCCCUAACCAAUCAGCUUUGUCCUGCUCACUCCCUAUCCCCUAGAGCGGACCUGGCCCCUCUCCGAUGCCCUUCCCCCAAGCGUUACCUCUCCCCUGUCUCCUGCCAUCCCUCCCCUCCACCUCUCUCAUCCCUGUUUCCUAGGCAUAACCUGUCCACUGCCCCCUCCCACCCCUCCCCACCCUCCUCUCUGUCCCUGCUAGGUUGUCAUGUCUCCCCCUCCCUAGAGAGACAUCCGUCCCCCCUAAGAGGCCUCUCGCCUGUCAGGCCCAAGUCCCCCAGCUCCCCUUCCCCUCAGGCCACCAUCCCUGCUCAACACAGAGCCUGUCUGCCCAGAGACCCAUCUUCAAAUCCCCACAGGGACAGAUCUGCUACGGCUACAAGCUCCAAGGCAAGGCUGCUGAAGAGCUACUCUGUUCAGGAGGACGAUGAGGUGCGUCUCCCUCUCCUGUCCCCCAGGACUAGACCAUCCCGAGGGGGCCACGUUGGUGUCCUCAGCCACCUGCCUCUCCACUCUCAGCAGCUAGCCAGGACCCCCAACCUGAUGAUCCCCAUUGGGGGGAUCCACAUGGUACAGCCCAGGACCAGUCGUCACUACAGCCUGGUGAAUAGCCCUGUGGCAUCACAGAACACCCCUACCCCGGCAAAGAUGGACCGGUCCAUGGCAGCCCAGAACACCCCUACCCCAGCAGAGAUGGACCACUCCAGGACCAGGGGAGCUGGACUGGAAGAAGGGCCACUUAGUAGGCCUUCAUCGCUGAAGAACCAUCAAAACCCUCUGAAAGAGGCGGCUGGGCCUAGCACAAGCAUGCACACCAGAUACCAGGACAACAGGGUAGGAGAGGGAGAGGCCGAGGGCAGACUUUCAGGACCUCUCCCAGACAAGGCAGGUACGGCCCAUUUACAGGUGUGCUCCAUGAGACCUGAGAAUCAUGGGAGUUUGAGUCAAAGGGAAGAAACUAAACUACUGUUCACUGGGACAGAGCUAGGAGGCAGCUCACACAGUCCAGGUGCCCAAACGAGCACUUUGUCCAAGGGAACCACACACACAGAAAGAGAUACAGAUACACACGUUAGAGGAGGGAGUCUUUUUCCAGUGACUAAACAAGGCCAAAAGAUGCCAUCUUCUUUCCAGACUAAACUCUGAUAGGAAGGAGCACCUUUAGGGAACAGUGCAACAGACUUGUCUUGGGUACAUCUGAUUUGGCAGCGCUUUUCCUACAUAGGGGAUACAGUGCCAUAUCAGACACAGACAUGGUCUCAGAGCUAGAAGUAGUUCUGGUUUUGAGACUGAAGAAGACGGAAAGAAUCCAAGUAGAGCACUCAGGAGCGUACGACUUCUGACUAUAAUGUGUAAUUAUAUUAUGUAAUUAUAUGAAUGAUAUAUAGAUACAGUUAAAGUCGAAAGUCUACAUACACCUUAGCCAAAUACAUUAAAACUCAGUUUUCACAAUUCCUGACAUUUAAUGCUAGUAAAAAUUCCCUGUCUUAGGUCAGUUAGGAUCACCAUUUUAUUUUAAGAAUGUGAAAUGUCAGAAAAGUAGUAGAGAUAAUGAUUUCUUUCAGCUUUUAUUUUUUUUAUCACAUUCCCAGUGGGUCAGAAGUUUACAUACAUUCAAUUAGUAUUUGGUAGCAUUGCCUUUAAAUUGGUUAACUUGGGUCAAACGUUUCAGGUAGCCUUCCACAAGCUUCCCACAAUAAGUUGGUGUGAAUUUGGCCCAUUCCUCCUGACAGAGCUGGUGUAACUGAGUCAGGUUUGUAGGCCUCUAUGCUCGCACACGCUUUUUCAGUUCUGCCCACAAAUUUUCUAUGGGAUUGAGGUCAGUGCUUUGUGAUGGCCACUCCAAUACCUUGACUUUGUUGUCCUUAAGCCAUUUUGCCACAACUUUGGAAGUAUGUUUGGGGUCCAUUUGGAAGACCCAUUAGCGACCAAGCUUUAACUUCUUGACUGAUGUCUUCAGAUGUUGCUUCAAUAUAUCCACAUAAUUGUCCUGCCUCAUGAUGCCAUCUAUUUUGUUUAGUGCACCACUCCCUCCUGCAGCAAAGCACCCCACAACAUGAUGCUGCCACCCCCGUGCUUCACGGUUGGGAUGGUGUUGUUCGUCUUGCAAGCCUCCCCCUUUUCCUCCAAACAUAACAAUGGUCAUUAUGGCCAAACAGUUCUAUUUUUGUUUCAUCAGACCAGAGGACAUUUCUCCAAAAAGUACAAUCUUUGUCCCCAUGUGCAGUUGCAAACCGUAGUCUGGCUUUUUUAAUGGCGGUUUUGGAGCACUCACCCUUCCUUGCUGAGUGGCCUUUCAGGUUAUGUCGAUAUAGGACUCGUUUUACUGUUCGAUAUAGAUCCUUUUGUACCUGUUUGCUCCAGCAUCUUCACAAGGUCCUUUGCUGUUGUUCUGGGAUUGAUUUGCACUUUUCGCACCAAAGCAUGUUCAUCUCUAGGAGACAGAACGUGUUUCCUUCCUGAGCGGUAUGAUGGCUGCGUGGUCCCAUGGUGUUUAUACUUGCGUACUAUUGUUUAUACAGAUGAAUGUGGUACCUUCAGGCUUUGAACAUUGCUCCCAAUGAUGAACCAGACUUGUGGAGAUGUACAUUUUUUUUACAUCCACAGGUACACCUCCAAUUGACGCAAAUGAUGUCAAUUAGCCUAUCAGAAGCUUCUAAAGCCAUGACAUAAUUUUCUGGAAUUUCCCAAGCUGUUUACAGGCACAGUCAACUUAGUGUAUGUAAACUUCUGACCCACUGGAAUUGUGAUACAGUGAAAUAUAAGUGAAAUAAUUUCUGUAAAUAUUUGUUUGAAAAAUGACUUGUGUCAUGCACAAAGUAGAUGUCCUAACCGACUUGCCACAACUAUAGUUUGUUAACAAGAAAUUUGUGGAGUGGUUGAAAAACGAGUUGUAAUAACUCCAACCUAAGUGUAUGUAAACAUCCGACUUCAACUGUAUGUUGAAUAUGCAGUAUAAGUUUUGCAAUCUUUUUUUACACUCUUCUUUUGUUUGAUGUCAUUGAUGUUAAUUUAUUAUUGAUGCAAUUCUGUACUAUCCUCUGUGAGAGCUGGAAUGAAAUGUAGAUGAUAAAGAUUUGAUUAAGUUCAACUCUUCCCUCAUUGACACCUUUGAUAACUCUAAUACAUUAUACUACCCUGGCGGUGUUAAUACUGUAUGAUUUACAGGUGUAGGAUCUUAAUUUGACCUAUAUUGUCUCAGAUAAAUAAUCCUCCAGCACCAGGAUUUGAACGUUUAGACCAAAAUGUUGCUUGAUCUGUGGUUAGGCUAUUAGCUGGUCAAAAAUAGGCUAUGAGAAAAGUGCAAUUCCAUUAAUAUAACCGUGUAUUAGUGUGGGUUUUCAGUGAAUUCAUGUAAAUCACAAAGUUCAUCUGCAUUUCCUAUGGUGCUGGAAAAUUCUCAUCAACAAAAAGAGUGGCCAAAUUAAGAUCCUACCCAGGUACGAUCAAAUAGAAAGGUACUAUAAAUCUACUCACCCUGACCAGUAUUUUGAAGUGCAAUUUCUGUAAAGAUUGUGGCUUGAAAUGUCAUUGUUAAUGACUGUGAUUAUUUUUUGUUUCAUGUUAAGUUGGAAUCCUUAAUGGUGAAACAGCCACGUCCGUUUGCGAUAUUACAACAAUAAAGAAGUCACUGCAAACAAUGUACACUUUCUUUCCUCUUCACUCGGUACAUCGUUGGACGCGCGCUAGAACGGUGGAAUAUGUACCGCAUGUUCUUUUACCACGCGGUGCGCCGCUCGCCGCUCUGCUUCGUCAACAAAACCAAAGCCACGACAGUGGCGCCUUUUCCCCACUGCGGAUUCCAUCUGUAAAGAUUGUUCUUUAAAAAAAAUAUGUUAUCUGUUUGUUUUGAAGAAUCAGGGUCAGAAUAAUAUCUUAUUUUCUACUAUCUUGUUGAGACAAAAUAUUGGAAUAAUAAUACGCAUUCGUGGUAGAAAAGCUUACUGCACUCAUUGGAUAGUCAUACAUGUAUCUUGUUUUGAUCAUCUGCUGUACAUGGUGCAGUCUAUAUUUAUUGUCAUAAACACAGUAGUAACAGGUCGUUUUUAUAAAGGAGGCAGUUUCCAUAUUUGUCAUUUUCAUGUAUUUUGCCAUUAAAACUCGUUUUUACAGAUUUGUAAUGAAA